CCGAGCCGGAGCAACAUGGCGCCGGUGGGCGGGGGCGGGCGCCCGGGCGGCGGGCCGGCCCGAGGGCGCCUCCUCCUGGCGGCGCUGGUGCUGCUGGUGCUGCUGUGGGCGCGGGGGGCCCGGGGCCAGGGCGACCCCCAGCGAGGCGCGAUCCUGGGCAUGAGGCUGGCGAGCUGCAACAAAUCGUGCGGCAUGGACCGGGAUGGCAUCAUCUUCGUGUCCGAGGGCAGCACGGUGAACCUAAGGCUGUACGGCCAGAGGCUGGGCUCUAUCUCCAGCAACCUCAUCUCCUUCACCGAGGUGGACAACUCCGAGGCCGUCCACAACUCCACCAGCUGCCCCGAGCUCACCAAGGACCUGGUCGUCCAGCAGCUGGUCAACGUGAGCCGCGGGAACACGUCGGGGAUGCUGGUGGUGCUCACUAAGUUCCUUCGGAGAAGCGAGAACAUGAAGCUGUAUGCACUGUGCACUCGGGCCGGGGUGGACGGGCCCUGGCAGAGGUGGACGGAUAAGGACUCGCUGCUCUUUAUGGUGGAGGAGGCUGGGAAGUUCCUGCCCCUCUGGCUGCACAUCCUCCUCAUUAUGGUGCUGCUAGUGCUGUCGGGCAUAUUUUCUGGCCUCAACCUGGGGCUUAUGGCCCUGGACCCCAUGGAGCUGCGCAUCGUGCAGAACUGUGGCACGCAGAAGGAGAGGCGCUAUGCCCGCAAGAUCGAGCCCAUCCGGCGCAAGGGCAACUACUUGCUCUGCUCGCUGCUCCUGGGAAACGUGCUGGUCAACACCUCCCUCACGAUCAUUCUAGACAACCUCAUCGGGUCUGGACUCAUGGCCGUGGCCUCCUCUACCAUUGGCAUUGUCAUCUUUGGGGAGAUCGUACCUCAGUCCCUGUGCUCCCGACACGGGCUGGCUGUGGGUGCCAACACCCUCAUUCUCACCAAAUUCUUCAUGCUACUCACCUUCCCCCUCAGUUACCCCAUCAGCAAGCUGCUGGACUUUUUUCUGGGCCAGGAGAUUGGCACCGUUUACAAUCGGGAGAAACUGAUGGAGAUGUUGAAAGUGACAGAGCCCUAUAAUGACCUCGUGAAAGAGGAGCUAAAUAUGAUCCAGGGCGCCCUGGAACUACGGACCAAAACUGUGGAGGAUAUCAUGACCCAGCUCCAAGACUGCUUCAUGAUCCGCAGUGAUGCCAUCCUCGACUUCAACACGAUGUCAGAGAUUAUGGAAAGCGGCUAUACCCGCAUCCCUGUGUUUGAAGAUGAGCAAUCCAAUAUUGUAGAUAUUCUCUAUGUCAAAGACUUGGCCUUCGUGGACCCGGAUGACUGCACUCCCCUCAAGACCAUCACCCGCUUCUAUAAUCACCCAGUGCACUUUGUCUUCCAUGACACCAAGUUGGAUGCCAUGCUGGAGGAGUUCAAGAAGGGGAAGUCCCACCUGGCCAUCGUGCAGAAGGUGAACAACGAGGGUGAAGGUGACCCCUUCUACGAGGUGCUGGGCCUGGUCACCCUGGAGGACGUCAUUGAGGAGAUCAUCAAGUCAGAGAUCCUGGACGAGUCGGACAUGUACACUGACAACCGAAGCCGGAAACGGGUAUCUGAGAAGAACAAACGCGACUUCUCCGCCUUUAAGGAUGCUGACAACGAGCUCAAGGUGAAAAUUUCUCCUCAGCUCCUUCUGGCUGCUCAUCGCUUCCUGGCCACGGAGGUUCCCCAGUUUAGCCCAUCUCUGAUAUCAGAGAAAAUCCUACUUCGGCUGCUCAAGUACCCAGACGUCAUUCAGGAGCUCAAGUUUGAUGAGCACAACAAAUAUUACGUCCGCCAUUACCUGUACACCCGAAAUAAGCCAGCUGACUACUUCAUCCUCAUCCUGCAGGGGAAGGUGGAGGUGGAGGCCGGGAAAGAGAACAUGAAGUUUGAGACGGGCGCCUUCUCCUACUACGGGACCAUGGCCUUGUCCUCGUCCCCCUCUGACCGCUCCCCCUCCCACUCCACCACCCUUAGUCGCUCAGCCUCCCUCAGUUACCCGGACCGCACGGAUGCCUCCAGCACAGCUCCCUUGGCAGGCAGCAGCAACCAGUUUGGCAGCUCCAUCCUGGGCCAGUACAUCUCUGACUUCAGUGUCCGCGCGCUCAUGGACCUCCAGUACAUUAAGAUCACCCGGCAACAGUACCAGAAUGGGCUGCUGGCUUCACGGAUGGAGAACUGCCCUCAGUUUCCCCUGGAUGGCUGCACCAUGUGCACAGAGAACUUGGCAGAGAAGCCCGAGCUGCCUGUGGUGGACGAGACCACAACUCUCCUCAACGAGCGUAACUCCUUGCUGCACAAAGCCUCGCACGAGAGUGCCAUCUGACAGGAGGGCCCGGGGCCCCCCGCCAGCCCUGCGGGGGCCUCCCCAGUGGGCCCACAUGAAGAUAGGGAGCCUGUUAGGCCAGAAGGGGUACAGAUACCCUGUUUUACUGAGCAGCCAGAUGGCCCCCAGCCCGUGGGGGACCCGGCCUCUGACAGGACCUCUGAACAGCUCUGAGGUGGCAGCUGCCUGGCCCUGGACUGGUAGGGCAGGAGGCCAGCUACUGGGAGCAAGGCUGUUUUUUACUGAGAGAAUUUCUGAACUAAGCUCAUUGCUCCUCUUUUUAAGUAUCAUUUGGGGAAGGGAAGACAGGGUUAAGGAACUUUAAAUUUUUAUUUUCCACAAAAACUGUAAAAGGGGUAGGGUUUCUCACCCCAGGAAACAAUAGCCAUAAUCUGCUCCCAGCCAUGACCUUCUGGCUUGUGUCCCUGACUCAGGGAGCCCACUCUUCCUCCUUCUCCUCCAGAGAUGGGAUCCCAGAGACCCACCGGAGAAAGGUUUUCUCUUGGGAGGAAGACAGUUCUUCCAGGAAGCAAAGAACGAAAUAGCACUGAGAACAACUGCCUGGACACAUGCACUGAGGCUGUCUGACAUCGCUGAGGCCAAGGGAUUCUGGGUAGUUGUGAUCAGGGACGUGAUACUCCCAGCUACAGAGAGGAGCACACCUACUCCUGUCAAUCGCUGGAUCCAGGAAUUUCCUAGAACUCUGCUGAUGGGCUCUCCUGGUGAGUUGGGGCUAGGCCGAGGACUCUCAUCCCCCUCCCCACUGGUUUGCUUCAUAUCUGCCCAUUUGGACAACUCUCCCCUUGUAAUGGGGCUGACUCAAAGCAUUAGGCAGGGUCUCACACCUUUAAGAUUGCUUACCCCUGCUCCCCAGGCCCUGCCCUCACUUUUACCAGAGGUUUGCCCCUAGGUGGGGAGAGCAUCUACGUUAGAGGUGAAUUGUCUAGGAUACUCCUUUUGGUUCCAGGAGGGAACCUGGUCACGGGCAUCUGCGUUGCUGGCAAUUAAUAUCAUCCCCCUCCCACCCCACAAUGAAAGUCAAGUCUCAAUCACUGACGCACAGACCCCUUCUUUCCAGACUCCCUACUUUUCAUCCAAAAACCCUAAUGCCUCUUGGGGAUGGAGGACAAGAGGACAUGUAGGAAGCCCAUCUAAGCAGGUUCUUCAUGCUCUUUCCUCUGGCUGAGGCUCACCUGACCUUGUUCACACACUUACAGAACCCAGGAAAGGAGGUUUUCACUGAAAAGUACACAGCUGGCAGCUCCGUUUCCCCUGUGACUGUGUAAUCCUAGUGUGAGAUGUCAUCCUGGCCUUUGCUGAAGCUAGUGGUACUGGACCCUACGAGCUCCACCCACGUGAAGUCCUGCCCCAGCGCCCUUUCCCGGGGGUUGAAUCAGGCCCUGCUGCAGAGCUCCAGGCUUCCCACUGUUGGGGAGGCUGUGGGACCAAGGUCCGUGCUGGCCCUUUUGUUGGGUGGAACAGUUGCUGGGGCCCGAGAUCAGGCGAGGGAGACUCGGCACUCCUUCCGCCUGAGUGUGAUGGAUUCACUCCUCCACCAGUGCGUCUGUCAGCCCAGGUGCUUGCUCUUCAGGUGCCCAGAGAGUCCUAACUCUUGGGACCAGGAAAUGUCUUGCACCAAGUAUGCCUGCCCCCAGCCAGUUUAAAGUCUUCCCCAGUCACAGAAUUUAUUCCUAAAGUCUGGAGAGAAAGUGGUGACACCCAUAGGUCCUCAGCCAUAAGGAAAAAACACACCAGACCUUUGUUCCCUGUUGGGGGAAACCCCUUAGUUUUCUACAGGAGCAGCUUGCUUUCUGAGUCCACACAGGAGCUUGCAAAGCUGUGUUCCUGAGAGACCUGAGUGCCAGGUGGAGCAAACCACACUGGCCUGACCCAGGGGAGUGUGUGUGAAGUAAAAGGAGCAGGUGCACACACUCCCACAGCUACCUCCUUGCACAGUUGCUAUCGACAGAUGGCCCCUCCUCCCCUCCCUUCCCCUUUUAUAAUCACUUCUUGCAGAGGGUCAUAAUUAUUUCCAAAUAUUACUGGUCCGAUGACUUCCUCCUCCCAGUGCAAUUUGUCACUUCCUAUUCCAACCUCUGGUUCCUGGGCUGAGCCGUGCCCUGAAGCUGGCCCUCCUUGCGCGUCUUCCUGUGUAAGGGAGACCUUCGCAAAUGGCCUCCAAAUGGGUAGGCAAGUCACAGCCACCGUAGCAAAUAACUCGUAUUUAUUUUGCAUAAGAUUUUAAUUUGUAUAUUUUUGUGAUUUAUUUUGGCAUUGUUAUGAGUUUGACUCUCGGGGAGUUUUGUUGUUAUGACUCUUGUGUCUUUUGUCACAAAACAAUGAUAAUAUUUGCUAAACAAUAUAUGGAAUUUAUUUUUGAUUGGUAAUAAAAAAUGAGAUACGAAA